GUGUGUGAGAGACAGUGUGUGUGUAACUCACACUUACUUGUCGUGUGGACUGUGAAACACAAACCCGUUGGACGGAGAGAGAGCAGCUUUCACCUUCUUCUCUGAUCUUCACCUUCUUCUUCUUCUUCUUCAUGGCCGUUCUCCCUCUGAGGCUGAAGAUGUUGCAGCGGCUCUGGAGGAUGAAGAGCGUCUUCAUCCUCGUCUUCAGCCCGUUGCUCCUGCUGCCGCUCGCCAUCAGCACCCGGGAAGCUGCCUGUGCUUAUGUCAUCGCCCUCAUGGCGGUGUACUGGUGCACUGAGGUUUUGCCGCUGGCUGUGACCGCACUGCUGCCGACCGUCCUCUUCCCCGUCCUCGGCAUCAUGGAGUCCAAAGACGUGUGCAUGCAGUACCUGAAGGACACCAACAUGCUGUUUGUGGGGGGGCUGAUGAUGGCCGUGGCCGUGGAGCAGUGGAACCUCCACAAACGCAUCGCGCUCAGAGCUCUGCUGCUGGUCGGCGUCCGACCCGCUCUGUUGAUGCUGGGCUUCAUGGGCGUGACGGCGUUCCUCUCCAUGUGGAUCAGCAACACGGCCACCACCGCCAUGAUGGUGCCCAUCGUCCAGGCCGUCCUGGACCAGCUGCACGGCCACGCCCCCCCGGAACCUUCCUCCGAGGUCCCGGGAACCACCGUGGUUCCACUUCAGGAGAGAACCAUCGGUGAUCCAGAAAACAUGGCCGCCGACCACGAGCUGACGUCCGAGGGUGGAACAGACGCCGUCCGACCACAAGACACGCCUCCGUCAGUGCGAGUGGACAGCUGCUGCCCCCCGGUGGCGGCUGUGAGCGCGGCGCAGGACGAGUCCAGGACGAUGAGUAAAGGCCUCCUGCUGAGCGUCUGCUACGCUGCUAGCAUCGGAGGCAUCGCCACGCUGACGGGAACCGGACCCAACCUGGUUCUGAUCGGACAGAUGAGCCAGCUCUUCCCUCAGAACGGAGACGUGAUCAACUUUGCGUCGUGGUUCGUCUUCGCGUUUCCGACGAUGCUGCUGAUGCUAACGCUCGCCUGGUUCUGGCUGCAGUUCCUCUACGUCGGCUGCAACCUGCGGGAGACCUGGGGCUGCGGCGCCGUCCGAUCAGAGAAGGAGCGAGCAGCGUACGACGUGAUGAAGGACGAGCACCGGCGCCUCGGCCCGAUGAGCCACGGAGAACUCAGCGUCCUGGCGCUCUUCAUCCUCAUGGUGGCGCUGUGGUUCACACGAGACCCGCGCUUCGUGAACGGCUGGGCGACGCACACGUUCAACACCGAGGGCGAGUUCGUCACCGACGCCACCGUCUCGCUGUUUGUUGCUGUGUUGUUGUUUGUUCUUCCCUCUGAGCCGCCGAGGUACCUGUGGAGGAGCAGGGAGUCAGAGGCCGCGGUGUGGAGAGGCCCCGCCCCUCCCCUGCUCACCUGGGAGGUGACUCAGCAGAAAAUGCCGUGGAGCAUCAUCCUGCUGCUCGGGGGGGGCUUCGCUCUGGCUAAAGGCUCCGAGGAGUCAGGUCUGUCCCGGUGGCUGGGGGACCAGUUGACCCCCCUCCAGUCGAUCCCUCCCUGGAGCAUCGCCGUGGUCGUCUGUCUCCUCGUCGCCAUCUUCACUGAGUGCGCCAGCAACGUCGCCACGGCAACGCUGUUCCUGCCCAUCCUGGCCUCCAUGUCUCAGUCGAUGGGUCUGAACCCUCUGUACGUGAUGAUCCCGUGCACCCUCAGCGCCUCCUUUGCCUUCAUGCUGCCGGUGGCCACGCCUCCCAACGCCAUGGUCUUCUCCUCCGGGCUCCUCAAGGUGUCCGACAUGGCUAGAACAGGUGUGGUGAUGAACGUCAUCGGGAUCGGCUGCAUCACUCUGGCGAUCAACAGUUGGGGGCGUGUCCUGUUUUCUCUGGACUCGUUCCCGUCGUGGGCCAACGUCACCGCACCUGUGUAGAAGCACCUGCUCGUCUCAUCCUUCAGCUUGUGAUGUGCGUCCGAGCCACCGGAGGCAGCGCUGGUCGAGAGCACGGUUCCAAAACAAACAUCGUAGAUUCUUCACUAAAACCAAGUUUUAACGUAACAAAUAAAAGACGCCUCAGAAACAAAGGUCCAAUCCAAACUGAAAGGUGGAAUAUCUCUGGUCUAAAGUUAGAUUUCCACUCGGUGCCUGUAAACAAUGAUCAACAACAGCAUCUGGAUCGCCCCCUGGUGGCUGGCUGCAGUAUUGGUCAUGAUUCGAUUGAAUUAAGUCUGUGAUUCGGUCUCUUUCACUGUUCCGAUGAUCACACGUCGUCUGUUCGAUGCUAACGCUAAAACACGCACAGGAAGUGGAGGGACGAUUUCCUUUGAACCACUGGAAAGUUUAAAACUUGAAACAGCUGUGAGAAACAUUUCUGUAAAAAAUAACUCAGUUUUAAAUGGAUUUAUUUAUAUAAACAUUAACAUUAAGUCAUAUUUCAUUUGUUUCUUUAAUUUGUUUUGAGCCAAAUUCAUUGAAUCAACACUUCCUGCAGAUGUUUCACAGUAAAAGCAUGAAACCCACAAUCUGCUGCUGCUGUUUCCAGCUCGUCUUGUUUACAAAAUAAAAGAAAACAUUCCUCCACAAUAAAAUGGAAAUUGGAUAAGUUAUAGAUUUCAUUGUGUAUGUAAUAACAUAUUAAAAGAAGAGCAGAUGAGAAGAGAUUGAAUCUAAAUGAUGAUUAAAUAUAAUUUUACAUCAUAGUUUAAAUGAAUUUUAGGGUUGGGGUUUGGUCAGGUCUUCAGCAGAGGAAUACAAAGUUAAAUAACUUAAAUAUAUUUUUCUCUGUGAACAAUUAACCUAAAAUAUGAAGACCUAUAAAAACUAAGAGUUUUAACAACUGACGUUAAAGUUGUUUGUUUAUUCUUUAUUUUCUGCUGAAGUUUUUCUGUGUCCGUGAACAAACGGACUCCAGCUGUGAUCCCUGUGAAUUGGAAUGAAUUCAUCAGUUAUUAGAUAAAUACAUUUUAUAUGUUUUCUAUUGUUUCUUUUCAAACAAGAGUUUUAUGAGGUAACAAGAUUUAUGUACUCUACAUUUACUUCUUUUGUAUUGUCUGUUUUCUAACAGUUUUAUUUGGUUUUAAUAAACGUGGCUCUUCAAAGUGAA